AUUCUCUUUCUCACUCUCCUCGUCUGUCUCUCUGUCUCUCUCUCUCCCUCCCUCACACAAACACAAACCAGUUUUGUUUUUUUUAAUUUUCCCAGGGUGCAUUAUGUCCCUGGGGAGUGUUUACAGGAUGUUAUCUGUGUCAGUGCCGGCCCCUCAUCCCUCUGAGUGGGUUUCUGAGGAAUGCUGGAUUGGGAUGGAGGAGUUCCAAAGGGGGAGUGACGAGAGAGAGAGACAGACAGACACCGGGAGAGAGAGGGAGAGAGAGAGAGGGAGAGAGAGAGAGAGAGGGAGAGAGUCUAUAUAUACAUCCCAAGGAGGCUGGUGCUCACAGGCACAGCUGGACUGCUGGAUAACUGGACUGUAGCCCACUGGAUAUUUAACUAGAAAGUUUUUGCUGCGUUGUAAGAGGAGUGAAGGAGCAGGCCGCAGUCCUUCAACACUGGAACAGAACUAAUCAGUCUGCGAGACGUCAGCAAAGAUGGCAAGCCAGCUGCAGCAGCUUGUAGCGGAUAAGAAGGACAUGGUGGAGACUGUGAUGGAAGUGUUUGAACAGGGAGCUGAAGUGGUGGCCAGUAUCGCCGGCGACCUUUUCCCCAUUUUCUCCAUCGCCGCCCCGCUUGUUAAACUGGCUCUGGACAACGUGGAAAGCAAAGAGGCCGCGUUCAUGAAGGACCAGUUUCAGAAGGUGCGAGAGCGUCUGGAGGUGAUCUCAGAGGAGAUAAAACGAAUCAACGAUGAGAUCAAGAAGAGCGGAUUGGAUGCCGUGUAUUUCCCAGUGGAGGAGAACAUCACUAACCAGUUCAGGAAGUACAUGGACAUCCUCAACGCCAAACCCAAGUUCCGGGAGGUCAAGAAGAAGCUUUUCCUGGAUCAUUUUGCCAAGACCGGCGGUGACAAAAACCUGAUCACCCUCUACAACUCGGUGACGGGAGAUAACUUCUCUGGGGAAUCUGUGCUGGAGAUCACCCUGAACUACGAGGAGAAAAGUCGCCGGCCGGUGGAGGACUUCUGCGCCAGGCUGAAGAAGCUCUUCUGCAUCGGGCUCAUCGCACUUUUGGGCCACGCAGCCCUGAAGGGAUACGAUGAGGAGGACGCGCUCCUGAAAGACUGGGGUGAGAAGAUGAACACUGUCCAGGCUAAAAUGAAUGCUGUCAUUGAAGACUGCAUCGUCAGCUUCCCUAAACAGGCUGAGAUGGAUUCCCGUCGACUGGUGAGAGACGAGUCAAACUUAACCAACCAGCAGCUAGCCGAUGCUAUCAUAGAGCAUUUGAAGAAGAAGUACGACUGGGUGGGCUGGUCCGUGCGUAUAUUCAAGUCCCCUUCAGGCCUGUUCGCCAACAAGAAGGAUUUCCACUGCCCGACAGGGAAGAGUCGCUUCCAGGUCCCUUCAACAGACGAGAAACUCAACGUCUGGGUGUCCUACAGCUCUUCGGCCGAGCCUGUGGAUGAGAAUCACAUCCAGCAGCUGAUCCAGAGUCAGAAGAAACUCACGGUGGUGGGUGUAGCGGAGGUCCUGUUUGAGAAGUUGCCCGGCGCCUGCGUGGUCCACACGGUCAAAACCAGCAGAGACCUGGCCUGCUCCUGGAGCUUCAAAGACGAGCUCCACUACUGGGGGGAGCACAAGAACUUCUACGUCUGCGUUCACUCGGCUUGAGGGUUUAGACGCUGGAAAAACUCUCUAAAGUCACUAAUAGGUUACUUCAUAUUUACACGGAUAAUCACAGAGUGUAUCGCUGCCUUGGUAUUGAAAUGCUACACACUAUGUGCCUUAAUUGCACCUCUCUAAUAGUCUUUUUACUUUUUUAUUGUCUCUUUUUCUAAAGAUGUUUACUGUUAGUUUCUUGCAGACGUGCAUCAAGUCAAGUCAGCUUGAUUUAUACUGUAUAGCCCAAUAUCACAAAUUUGCCUCAAGGGGUUUUACAAUCUGUGAAGACACCGUCUGUCCUUAGACCCUCAAUUCGGAUUAGGAACAAAACCUUUAAUGGGGGGAAAAAGGAAGAAACCUCAGGAGGGAUCCCUCUCCCAGGACAGAAAGACAUGCAAUAGAUGUCAUGUGUACAGACUUCCAUAAGAAAGUAACAUGAACUAGAUGAAUAAUGACCUUUUUUGAUCCCAUGCAGAUGUGCUUGGUUUAUUUCUCAGAACAGACAGAAGAGCUCAGCCCCUUCGUUUAGGCUGUGUUAUAUCCCAUUGUCUCUUUUUGUUAUGAAAUUGCUCAAUCGUGUAACGGGAUAAUCUGUCAAUUGACUGUUGCCGAGAAAUUCUGAUGUAAGAUCUACAACUGUUUUCUACUGUUGCUGUUUAAAUGUCAGGAGGACGUGGUUGGUUUGUUUUGGGAAAGUUGUCGACUUAAAAUCCAGCUGUCAUACAGAGAUUAUGUGUUGCUGCUGCUGGUGAUAAGCGGUGACCUCGCCUCGAGGACGCGUACGCCAUGAGAGAGAAAAUUAUAUUUUCACAGACUGGCAGAUAAUAGUAUCCCUUGUUACUGGCUGCACAAGAGAGCACCAGCAACAAGGCCUCAGACAACGUUAGCUGUAGUGAAACUAUGAAACUUUAUUUACACACCCUGCCAGGAACAUGCAGAGGCGUAGCUAUGGCAACACUUUGUUUACAUACAGAUGCUUAGCAUAGCUAUUCUUGUGUCACGUCUUUUUUGGUUGUGCAACACAAACUGGAAAAGUUGUACCUGCUCAAAGGUGGAGGAUUUACUUCUAUAUAGGAAUAAACAGAUAGAUGAAUUUUGCACAAUGGAAAUCGUGGGUUUGGGAUCUUUUUUUUUUUUUCUAGAGAUUUUGAUCAAAAUGUGUAUUUGGAGACGCUGCAGAAAGACCGCUGCCUGUUUUAACUGUUUUAGAUCAUUUGUUGUAUAUUGUAAACCGCUGCAAUCUGUUUCUCCUUUGUUUAAGUAUUGUUUAUAUAUUAUUACCUAAGUCUGUGUGUUUCUUUCUUUGUGUGUUGUUUAUAUGUUAUUAAGUAAGUCUUUGUUUGUUCUUUCUUUGUGUAUUGUUUAUUUCUAUUUCCAUACAGUAUAUUUGGGUUAUCAGUGUCUUAGAUUCAAAAUCCUGUUGGUACACCAACACAAUGAAUGUAAUAAACCUUCCAAAUAAACUCAGUCAUACAUCA